AUGAAUAUCAUAGAUGCUAAUCGCAACCCCAUCCCCAUUCUCUGGGAUGUGGAGAAUGCUUCUCUAGGUAUGGCACAACCCAACAACCUCCUCAACUCCAUCAUGAAUGCGCUCAGUCUUCUCAACAUUCAUGAUGUGGUGAUGUUGUGUGUUGUUAUUGAACAACGUCGUAGUUUAAGGUGGCGGCGACAACUCAGCCCCAUAUUAAAGACUGUUUUGGAUGAUUUGAAACUGAUUGUUGGGUCUAAAGACGUGAAGUUGAUAGCAGUUCCUGCUACAAAAUUCAUAUGUGGAACUUCUUCUCUGGACGAGAAACUCUGGGCUAAUAUGCUUGACAACAUAAUUAUAGAGUUUUCACAGUCUGUUGAACUUGGAUACACAAGUGAAUCUUCUUAA